AACCGGUGACGCCUUUUGCGCGCUCUCCUCCCAGUGGGGGCGCGCGGCUAUGACGUUAAUCCACGUGCUUCUAAACCCUCCAGUGGCAAAGCCCGUCAGAAAAUGGCUGUUGUAGGAUAAGACGAUGAUGAGGCAAAUAUGCUACAAGUAAAAACCCUUGGGGCCCGCUUGGAAAGGACAUGCAGACCCACGUAUUCGUAUGUACUGAUUUCCUUCUUGCAAAAACAGACCGAGAACGGGCACCGGAGUCUGAGCUCGACUUGUGCAAAAUGCUCCAAGUCUCGGCGGUUGGAACGCAAAAGAAACAUUUCGGAAAAGAAGCUGACCCGAUACUUCGUAGACCACCGGAAAGUGCAGGUGACAGGAGGAAAAGGAGGUGACGGGAUGAGCUGCUUCCACAGUGAACCUCGAAAAAUGUUUGGAGGCCCUGAUGGUGGAGAUGGCGGAGAUGGCGGGCACAUUAUCUUGAAAGUGGACCAACAAAUCAAAUCCUUGGCUUCCGUUCUCCCAGUAUAUCGAGGUGCCAGCGGAGGAAAGGGUGGGAGCAAAAACUGUUACGGUUCGGCGGGUGACUGCACUUACAUUAAGGUUCCCAUUGGCACUGUGGUGAAAGAGGAUUGCAGAGUUGUGGCUGACCUCAACCAGCACGGGGAAGAAUACGUUGCCGUCUACGGGGGUGCUGGAGGGAAAGGCAAUCGUUUCUUCCUGGACAAUUACAACCGGGCACCCAUGACAGCCACUCCAGGAGAACCAGGUCAAGAAAGAGUACUGCAUUUGGAACUAAAGACUAUGGCCCAUGCAGGGAUGGUGGGAUUCCCUAACGCUGGGAAGUCGUCCCUGUUACGGGCCAUCUCCAAUGCAAAGCCCGCGGUGGCAGCUUACCCAUUCACAACCUUAAAUCCUCACGUCGGCAUCGUCCACUAUGAAGGCUACGAGCAAGUUGCAGUUGCCGAUAUCCCUGGCAUUAUAAAAGGAGCCCACCAAAACAGAGGCCUGGGUUUCGCCUUCCUGAGGCACAUCGAGCGCUGCCGCUUUCUCCUGUUCGUGCUGGAUCUCUCUGUGCCGGAGCCGUGGACUCAGCUCCAAGACAUGAAAUACGAACUGGAGCAGUACGAAGAAGGCUUGUCGAAGAGGCCGCACAUUGUCAUUGGAAAUAAGAUUGAUCUUCCCCAGUCAAGGAGCAAUUUACCUCUGCUGAAGGAGCGAGUGCAACACAGAGUCAUCCCCCUCUCUGCUUUGACAGGAGAAAAUCUAGAGGAAUUGUUCUCGCAUCUCAAAGAACUGUAUGACGAUUAUGUAAAAACCGAAGAAACACAGAAGCAAAAACCUCUAAAGUGGUAGCUGGCAACAGAUCUGCGAAUUUAAUUGCAUUUAGGUGGAAGAGAGAGGGGGAAAUGUGUAUGGUUUGUAGUCUCGUGCCUGGUGACUAUAGGAUUUUCUUUGCUCUCCAGGCCUAAAGGUACACUGAGAAAUAAGUUAGGAUGUUGUGAGUUUUCCAGCUUGUGUUGCCCCAGUGUUCCAGUUGUAUUUUCUCCUGACGUUUUGCCUUCAUCUGUGGCUGGCAUCUUCCUGAAACAUCCAGUGAAACGUCAGGAGAAAAUACCACUGGAAUACAGCCAUGCAACCCGGAAAAUCCACAACAUCCUAGUGAUUCCGGCCACGUUCCUUCUGGUUUGGACGCGAGAGGAAAGAGAGUUCUUAAACAGCCUGGAAAACCCACAACAGCCAAUUCUUAAACCAUUCUUCAGUUGAUCCGGUUUCACCAAACGUGGGCUUCAGUGUACAGGAAGGAAAUACCAUCAUGGUAUGGUUGUAACCACAGUUGAAUUCUUGACCCAACCCUGGAAAUUGCAUUCCUGGUCAAACUGAGGGCGGAACCAGAUGUGUGGGUUUUUAAAGAGUUGGGUUCGCUGCAGCCACAGGGAAUGGCUCUUAAAAAGUCCAUUUGAGCUCAGAAUACCACCAUGGCUGGGAGGAAGAGCCCCUGCCAACCCCCCCCCCCAAAUCCCCCCAGCUGUUUUUCCAUACUGGAACAGCCUGGUGGGGGGGGGGAAGAGUUAUUUCCCCAUAUUUGCUGCUUCACGUUGAGUAUUCUGUGCAGGUGGACGAGCCAAAACAGGAAAAUAAUCCUCCGACCGCUAUUUCAGUAUGGGAGCUUGUGGGAGGGGAAGCCCCUGCAGUGGCAUUUCAAGCCCAAAUGGGCUCUCCUUUUUUUAAGAUAUUGUUUAAAGCAG